CAAAAUAUUAUCAUUCUGUAAGAAUAAUAAAUAAAAAGCACUUUUAAUAAAUAUUGUAUGAAAAGAUUAUAAGUUUUAAGAAACCAAUUUACAUAAUUAAAGAUGAAUUAAAGUAUUACUUACCUAUCACAAAAAGAAGCAUAUGAAUCAGAUUAAGACUUGAUGAGUAACCGUGUAGGAUAUAGCAUAGAUAUUCUGAUGGAACUUGCUGGUUAAUCAGUUGCUCACUGUUUUCAUCAUAUCAAUAAAAAAUAUCAUAAUUAGAAGCUUAAAAAUAUACUGGUAAUUUGUGGUCCAGGAAAUAAUGGAGGUGAUGGAAUGGUCGCCGCUAGACAUAUAGCUCAUUUAGAUAAAGCGUAUAAGCUAACAAUUUUAUUGUUAAAAGCUCCAGCUAAAGAUUUUUUUAUCAAUUAAUUAACUAUUUGUAAGCAAUAUUCUAUACCAAUCAAAGAGUUACCAAAUGAAAUCGAUGUUAAUGCAGAAAAUGCUUUAGAGAAAAUUUAAUUAUUAUUUAAAUCUUAUGAUAUAGUAAUUGAUGCUCUCUUUGGAUUUUCAUUUUAGCCUCCAGUUAAACCUCCCUCAGAUAUUGUAUUAUAGGCAUUAAAAAAUGUAGAUGUUCCAAUUUAUUCUGUUGAUAUUCCAAGUGGAUGGGAUGUUGAAAAAGGGAACAUUCAUAACUCUUUUGAUCCCGCUUAUCUAAUCUCGCUGACUUUGCCAAAAGAGGGUUCACGAAAUUUUAAGGGCAAACAUUUUGUGGGUGGCAGAUUUGUGCCUUAUGAAUUUUCUGAAAAAUAUAAAUGGGUAAUGCCAGAUUAUAAAGAUAAUGAAACUUUUGUAGAACUUGAAUGAAUUUAUAUUUACAUCAAAAGAAUGCUAAUUAUCAAUUAAAAAUGUUAAAAAAUAGAAUAAAAUAAAUAUUUUAAAACUAUUUAGUAUCAUAUAAUAUUUUUAAGUGUAAUUCUAUUUAUAUUUUUAAAUUUUUAAUUAAACAUAAUAACUUGCUUGAUUUGCUUCU